CCCCCCCUCCGCUGGCCGCGGCGGCGGCGGCAGGGGCAGAAAUUCCUCGCGCAUAUUCGCUUGAUUUUGCUGCUCUGGUUCUUGCUGCUGCUUCUUUGCUUCGGGGAAUUGGGUUGUCUGAUCUGAGUGGGUGCAACUGCAACCGCAACCGCAACCGAUCCUUUUUCUUUAUUUUUCUUUCUUUCUGUGUGGUGCUGCUGUUAUCGGCUCCAAUGAUUGGUUGGUGAGCUUUUCUUGGCUUUUGAGUGCGGCGAUAGGUAUGUGGCUAGCCAGUCUCUCUGAAUUACGGGGCCUCUUCUUGGUGUUUCUGCCUGGGUUCUUCAGUUCAGGAGCUGGGAGAGAUUGGUAGCCCUGGCUGUGGAUUUUAGUGCAGCCUAGAGUUGGGAUUCUUGAGGAACUGAAGGUAUUUGGGGGUUUUGGCCGCAAGUUCUUGGUUCCCCUGUUUUUGAUGCCUGAAGAAAUUAUCCCCUCCUCACCUCUUUGAAUCAUCCUGAAUCAUCCGUGCACGCCCGUAUCUUCGGUGGUUGCUGCUGAGCUGGUGAAGGAGCCCCCGAGGAGUCCUGCGCACGCCUCGGCCAUCAAUAAUUGAUCAGACAAGGCAGGUCAAUUAAAUUUUGAUUGGGUUGACUUCACAAGUGGCAUGCAGUUGCUUCAUAAGUGAGCAGUCAAAGUUGUGACAUGUCUAAUUAUUACUCAAGCCCAGGUGACGAAAGGGACCCGCAAACCAUGUACUCACCAGACACGGGAAAUGCGUCGUAUCCCGUGCCGUCAGCCCUGGGGAACUUGCUCUAUUCAAACAAUGCAUCUUCUGGACCAUACACGGAAUUCAGUGGCAUUAUCCAGCCUCAGCAGAAUUUCAUGGAGCUGCAUGGCCAUCCUUCAGAACAUUCAUCAUCAAGGGAACCUCCUAACAUGGUCACCUCGCUUACAGAGCAAAGCUCCUUCGCUCCUGUCAAAGAUAUGAGGAAUGAGAUGUUAAUGCAUUUCAUGGAUGGUGCACAGAGUGGUGGUGGUGGUGGUGAUCUCAUCCACAAUGAUGCCCAUAGCAGCGCACAGCUUGAUUUCGGCUUGUUGAACAACCCCAGUUCGGCGAGUGUUCCAUCAGCACCAGGCCAAGGAUUGUCCCUGAGCCUCAACACACAUAUCCUGGCACCUUCAUACCCAUACUGGUCCCCAAAGCCUGACUUACUGGCAACCCAAUCUUACCAGGGUGAUGAAAACGGAAUGAAGAAUAUGCAGUCGGAGGCCUCACGGGCAAUCAGGAAUUCAAAGUAUCUAAAGGCAGCACAAGAAUUGCUUGACGAGAUCGUCAGUGUUUGGAAGAGUAUAAAGCAAAACGCGCAGAAAGACAAGGUUGAAGCAGGAAAAAUGGAUGGCAAAGACGCCGAUGAGGUGUUGAAAAGUGAGGGGGUAUCUUCUAACCCACAGGAGUCUACUGCCAAUGCGGAACCUGAGAUUUCUGCGGCUGAGAAACAAGAGCUCCAGAAUAAGAUGGCGAAACUUUUGGCCAUGCUGGAUGAGGUUGACCGAAAGUACAAGCAUUAUUUCCAUCAAAUGCAAAUUGUAGUGUCGUCUUUCGAUAUGAUUGCUGGGUCUGGAGCUGCCAAACCUUAUACCGCAGUUGCCCUUCAGACAAUAUCGCGGCAUUUCCGAUGUCUGAAGGAUGCUAUCAACGACCAGGUUAAUGUUAUCCGAAAGAAACUGGGAGAGGAGGAUAAUUCAUCGGGUAGAGAGGGCAAGUUAACUCGCCUCCGUUACAUUGAUCAGCAGUUAAGGCAACAACGAGCUUUCCAACAGUAUGGUAUGCUACAGCAAAAUGCCUGGAGGCCACAGAGGGGACUGCCUGAAAACUCAGUUUCAAUUCUUCGUGCUUGGCUGUUUGAACACUUCCUUCACCCGUAUCCAAAAGAUUCAGAAAAGCUAAUGCUAGCGAGGCAAACUGGUUUAACAAGAAGUCAGAUUUCGAACUGGUUCAUCAAUGCCCGUGUCCGCCUAUGGAAACCGAUGAUCGAAGACAUGUACAAAGAAGAGACCGGGGAGGCAGAGCUCGACUCAAACUCCUCCUCGGACAACUUACCAAGAAGCAAGGACAAAAUGGCGUCUUGUGAAGACAAGGAAGAUCUGAAAUGCUCCAUGAGCCAGGGUCAGGCUUACCAAACCGGUGAAUUCAAAGCCAACAUGGAGAUGGCGGGUCUCACCGGAGCGCCGUCCAGCUUCCACAACGAGGCAAACUCUGACGACGGCUUCAUGAACCUGCUGUUGAAGGACCAAAGACCGGGUGAGGCGGACGGCGGUCUCCUCCAUGGCGACGAGAGCGCGCGGUUCAUGGCCUACCAUUUGGCGGAGCUCGGGGGAUAUCAGAACAGCAAUGUGUCGUUGACGCUAGGAUUGCAGCACGCCGAGAACAACCUUUCUGCUCCGAACGCUCACCGGCCAGGGUUCACGGCCGGCGGGGAGGAAGAUAUCUACAACACCGCCGCGGCUCAUCCCGGCGCUGGCGCCGCCGUGGCCUCUUCGGACUAUGAGUCGACGAACCAGCUGGAUCAACGGCAGCAGUUUGAGCCGUCGCCCCUGCUGCACGAUUUCGUGGCCUGAAUGAACUGAAACGCUCGUCGGUGAACAUUGGAUGGAGAUGAUGAUUAUUUUGUACACCCUCUGUAAACUAAUGUAAGAGCGUUUAGAUCACUACUUUAGUACUCUAAACGCUCUUAUAUUAGUUUACGGAGGGAGUAAUUUUGUAGGGCCAUGAUAAUAACGUGCCUGGAAAAGCAUGGAAAUUGUAGCUGUAGUUGCAUUUGGUAUAGAAGAGAGAGGGUAUAGCAUGAAAUGUAUUAUAAAUUUGUGGGGGUGGGGUAAAUAAUUUUUGUAAAGAUGAUGGGUUAUACGUGUAAAAGGUUAUGACUGAAGACGAACCAUCCUGUAAAAAAGUUACGGUAACGGAUACUUCUGGUCAGUUAUCUAUCGGGCAGCCGGUGGUUGAACGAAAAGCAGAAGGACAAACCUGUAAAAAUGCAAUGCAGGGAACGCUUCAGAUUGUGUGUGUGCAUGUCAGAGCAUCUCCAACCGGAGCAGCCCAUACACCCUGUAGUACCAGCUUAGAAAAAAGUAAUAUCAUUAGUGGUGUUUGAACUU